GGCCGAGCACCGCCACUGGGGCAUUACGUACAGUAUAAGUUAUCUACAUAAUGAGUGAAUCAAAGUAAAAAGGCAUCUACACGACAACCUCGAUCUGAAGUUGAGAGCUGCUCGCUAGAUAUCAAGCAGCCCACCUCCCAGAGAAUUGAGGCAAACGCAAGCAGAUUUCCCUACUGGUCCCCCAAACUAUUAUAUAUUAAUGUCGUUCGCCCCGCCUCCAGGACCCCCGCCUCCGGCUGUCCCGGAGGGGUGGAAGGCUCAGUUCGAUGAUCGGUAUAAGCAAUGGUUCUUUGUAAAUCUAUUAACUGGCAAGUCCCAAUGGGAAUCCCCUCAAGGACCAGCACAAGAGGAGCUGCAUGCACCGCCCAGCGAAGCACCUCCCUCAUAUGAAGAGUCCGGGCCUGCAAAUCCGUCCAUAGUGCAUGGUGCAAAUGAGAAGAAAAGCUUGGGCUCGAAUAAUCCUUAUAACCAGGUAGGCGCCAGAAGCAGUUCUUUGGACAGCGAUGCCCGGCUAGCUGCCCAGUUACAGGCGGAGGAAGAUGCCCGCGCUCGUGGCCGUAGAAGCCCGAGACAGCAAGCACAGCCUGGGGCCGCUGCAGAUUACUAUACAGAAGCCUCGCGACCGCAGUCAGUUGGAUACCAGUCAUCUUCAACCCCCCCGCAACAUACAGCCGGUCCAGAGCAGAAGAGGAGCAAAGGUUUUCUGAGCAAGUUGAUGGGGAAAGCAUCAAGUGGCAGUGGUGGCAAUUAUGGAAGGCCAUCUUCGCAGCCGUCACAGUCGUACGGGUACCCCCCAGGCGGAUACGGUGGCUAUCCUCAACAACCCACAGGGUAUGGUUAUCCUUCCUAUCCUGCCCAUCCUGGUUAUUAUCCCGCAGCGGCACAACCAGCGCGACGGCAUGGUGGCGGUAUGGGAACUGCGGGCGCUGCAGCUUUAGGUGUAGGUGGUGGUUUGAUCGGGGGUGCUUUGUUGGCAGAAGCUUUGGAUGAUCAUCAUGACUAUGAUGAUUACGGCUCAGGCGGUUAUGAUGACUUUGACGGUGGCGACUUUGGCGAUUUUUAAAUGUUACCAUGUUUCUGCAUGAUAGCCCCUGUUGGACUAUCUGUCAGCGGGUUCUUUGUUUCUACCUCUUUCCCCGCCCCCCGCUCGGGCAUCCUGUAUUAUUCCUCCCUCUGUUGACGAGGCCAUGCAGCGGGAUGUACUAUUAUGGUGAACGACUAGCUGAUUGGUCGCGAUGAUGGCUGCAUGCGUCGUUUAUUAUGCCUUCUGGGACUUAUGGCAGGGAUUCACA